AUGUUGGAAGUUGGUGGUAUCCCACUUCCAAUAUUUUCUGAGUGGUGGUUAGCCAAAGAGAAGUUCUCAGUGAUUGAUUCAUUUGUUCUAUCUUCAUUUCCUGGUGCAAACGUCCAAGGUUGCAAUGGCUUGAGUGUUAAAUAUCAGUUAGAAUCUAUGUUGCCCUGUUUGACUGGCGAAGACGGAGAAUUAAUUUCAUCAUAUCACAUAGAAGUAGGUCAGGUUUAUGAAUUCCUUUCAUUUUUUCUGUCAUUAAGCUGUAAGGAAUUGGCAGAAGGUGGCACUGAAACCUAUGUGGCACCGACCAUUGCUUAAAACCAAAUGCAGAAAUGAAAAUCUUGUAGGUUUUUUGCUACAUUUCCCUCAGGAAACCGGGAAAAGAUAACAUGGAUGUGUACAUCUUCAAAUCUCGUUUGUCAGUUCACCCCAAAAAAAAAACCAAAGAAAAAACCCAAAGGAAAAUAAAAAAGCAAAACUCCUUUGUCAAGUUUGUCCUAGUUGCAGAUGACAGUACGUGACAGGACAAUUUUGCUGUCCAUUUCUUAACAAAGAUUCUGGAAGAUGAUUUUAUAGGCAUUACAUUGUCAGAUUGACUAUUCUCACAAUGUGAAAGGAUAAUUUUGCCGUAGGUAAACACGAACAAGUGAAAUAUUGCCUAGGUACAUAUGCUAACUAUUGUGCAUGCAUCUACAUUCUAGCUCCCUAAUCCCG